GCACGAUCCGGCCCAGUUGAAUAACACACUCUCACUCCCUACUUCCUCAGAAACAGAGGCUCACCGUCUCAAGAACAGAGAUGAAUCCGUUUCUCUUCUUCUUCUUCUUCUUCUACCUCAUUCUCCUUCUCACCCAAGAUUUUCCCGCCCUUUCUCUCCGUUUCUCUCCGUCGCAACCCAACCUAACCCUCUACGGCGACGCCUUCUUCCGCGGCCACACCAUCUCCCUCACCCAGCAACAGCCCUGUUUCCCCUCACCCUCGCCGCGAAACUGCUCCUCCUCCGGCAUCGGACGCGCCCUCUACGUCUACCCGAUCAAGUUCCUAGAACCCUCCACCAACACUACCGCUUCUUUCUCCUGCCGCUUCUCCUUCACCAUCAUCGCCUCCCCUUCUUGCCCCUUCGGCGACGGCUUCGCCUUCUUGAUCGCCUCAAACGCCGAUUCUUUCACCUUCUCCAACGGCUUCUUGGGUCUCCCCGACCCGGCUCUAGACCCGCACGGCUCCUUCGUAGCCGUCGAGUUCGAUACAGCUUUCGACCCGAGUCACGGAGAUAUCAACGAUAACCACGUUGGAAUCGACGUGAACUCAAUCGUCUCCGUCGCGUCCGUCGACGCGGUUUCGAAAGGGAUUGAUCUUAAGAGCGGGAGAGAGAUGAUGGUGUGGAUUGAGUACAGCGACGUUCUCAAGCUCAUCAGAGUUUGGGUUGGGUACUCGCGGGUUAAGCCCAAGAGUCCGGUUUUAGCAGCACAGGUUGAUCUCGCCGGGAAGUUUAGAGAGUACAUGCACGUCGGCUUCUCUGCUUCUAACGCGCUUGGUUCGGCGUUUCAUAUCGUGGAGAGGUGGAAAUUUAGAACCUUUGGGUCUCACCCUGACGCGGUUCAAGAAGAUGACGACUGGUUGGUCUGCUUUGAGAAUCCUAGGAAUGUUCGCCACCGUUAUGGUUUGGAUGUUAGGGUUUCAGUUGUUGGGUUAAGGAUCCCUUUCUGGAGUCUCUUACCUGGUUUAGCUGCUGUUGUUGUUCUCACUGCGUUUAUUUCUUACUCGUUGAUUCGAGGCAAGAAGAGGAUUGUUUGUGAAGGAGUAGGGCUGAACAGGGUCCCGGGAAGAUUAUCAUUAGCUGAGAUAAAGUCUGCAACUUCGGGAUUCAACGAGAACACGAUCGUGGGUCAUGGAGCUUCAGCAACUGUAUACAGAGGCUCCAUUCCUAUGGUUGGAUCCGUGGCUGUAAAGCGUUUUGAUCGGGCUCACUGGCCACAGUGCAACCGCAACCCUUUCACCACGGAGUUUACUACAAUGACGGGUUACUUGCGGCACAAGAAUCUAGUUCAGUUUCAGGGCUGGUGUAGCGAAGGAACAGAGACAGCUCUAGUGUUUGAGUACUUGCCUAAUGGAAGCUUGAGUGACUUCCUUCACAAGAAACCUUCAUCGGAUCCGUCAGAAGAAUUCGUAGUCCUCUCUUGGAAGCAGAGGGUGAACAUCAUUCUCGGCGUGGCCUCUGCGCUUACUUAUCUACACGAAGAAUGCGAGAGACAGAUCAUACACCGUGAUGUCAAGUCCUGUAACAUAAUGCUGGACGCUGAGUUCAACGCAAAGCUAGGUGAUUUCGGGUUAGCUGAGGUUUACGAGCAUAGUGCGAUGUUAUCUGGACGCAAUGCUACUCUCCCAGCAGGUACCAUGGGUUACUUAGCACCUGAAUACGUUUACACAGGUGUACCUUCCGAAAAAUCCGACGUUUACAGCUUCGGUGUGGUGAUUCUUGAGGUGUGUACGGGGCGUAGACCGGUUGGAGAUGACGGGUCAAUACUUAUAGACCUGAUGUGGAGUCUCUGGGAGAAAGGGAAGGUCUUGGAUGGUGUUGACGUUAUGCUAAAGGAAGAGUUUGAUGCAGAGGAAAUGGAAAGAGUGCUGAUGGUUGGGAUGGUAUGUUCGCAUCCUGACUGUGAUAAGCGGCCGAGGGUGAAGGAAGCUGUGAGAAUUAUACGUGGGGAGGCUCCGUUGCCAGUUCUUCCGGCAAGGAGGCCUUUGCUGAGGAUACAUUUGGCUACGGAGGCGGAGGAGAUGAUUGCCGAUAGUUUAGUUGGGGAGGAACUUCCUUGGAUGACGCCUAAGUCACACUUUUAGCUGUAAAUUUCCUUCGUUGA